GAAAAAAACAACACCAACACAACACUACCAAGAGACCAUUCUACAACCUCGUUUCUUCUCAGUCAGUUCCUCUCUUCCCCAUGCUUCUCUUACUUUCUCUCUCUUCAACUUCUCUUUCUUUUCAAACACUGAAGUCGUGUUUCUCGUUUCGCCAUACCCAUUUCCUUGAAACCCAAACCCUACCCGUAUCUCCCUCGCCACUUCUAUGACCCUUUCUCUUCCUCUGAAGCUUCGAGGUUUGGCUGACUCUGCGGUUUAUUUCGUUCAAAACUCACCAAGAAUUUCAUCUUUUGGUCCCUUUUCUUCUUCUUUUUUCCUGCUGAUAAAUUGAGCAUCUUUUGCGUACCCACAUGCAGAUUUUGUGGUUGUGAAUCUCUGAUUUUGUUUUUCUGUGUCCUGGGGUAUUGCACCUGUUGAUUUUAUGAAGUUUUCUUUUGUGCAUCUUAUGUUCAGCGUUCCUGUGAGAACUGGGGUUGCGGGAUUUUAGGUUUUUAGAGAGAUUAGUUUGAGAUACACUUUCAAAGUUGCGAUCUUCGUGUUGAAUGAUGUCUCAGCAGCAAAACCUAUCUUCCGUUUCACAAUCUCUGCUACAACAAACAAUUUCUGGAGCUAAUGUUAAACCCUUCUCAAUAAGACAGUGUGUUCUUGCUUCUCGUCACACAAAUAUCCUUCAAAGCUGGCCAUUUCAUGAGAAGCACUUGCAACUGUGUCUUAACCAAGGUCUCAAGGAGGUGUUGCCGCCAUUUGGACGCCAAGCUUCACCUGCUGAAUCAGUCCAAGGUUGUUCCAACUUGAUGCAAUCACUAGAUGAUAAUGUUAAAGAAGCUGAUUUUUGCAAAGCUGAAGUGCCACAUCUCUAUGAUGACCACCCUCAAAAUAUUAAAAAUGAGUGCGACUACAAAGUCACCAAGCAACCUUCAUCACAUGAAGAGGGAAAUCAGCACAAGUGCAGCAUUUCAAGUACAAGUAAUGUUCAUAAGAGCAGUCCACCAUUGCCACCAUCCAAGGCAGUGAAAGAUAAACGCAGAAGGUGUAGAGGGAGACGCAAGAAACGCUCCAUUGUGGAUAUUUUAGCCAUGGCGCGGCACAGUACUUUAGAGGAGAUCCAUGGGAUGAACAAGUUUUAUUAUGCUGCAACUGUGAUUGAAGGAUGUCAGCAAACGGGAGCUUAUGAAAAUAUUUCCAAGUCUGAGCUAGCGGGUGAGGAUUCAUGUAGAAACGCUGGAAGUGAAGAUCUCGUGGUGUAGCAAAGGGGCCAUUCCUCUUAAGUUCAAGCUCAAUGGAUGUAAUGUAAAUAAGAAUUGCGGAACAUAAAAUGAUUCCGUUCAAUUUUAUUCUAUGUUUGUUAUUAUUCAUUCUAGUCUUAAAAUGUCAGAUAGAAGCAUAAUACAUAUAUCCCCCUCUGUGUAUCCUUGCAUGCUUCUAUUCCAUCCAUCAAUAUUCAUAUUAUGCUUAAUUUAGGAGAGAAAA